AUGGUGAAUUUUAGGCCACUUUGGUGUAAUAUGUUGGAUUUUGGAUCAAAUUGUUCUUUACCUUUGUUGGUUUUGGGUGAUUUCAACAAUGUUCUCUACUUCGAUGAAAAAUGCAAUGGGUUAGAUGUCAUCCCAUAUGAGGUGAAGGAUCUUGCCAAUAUGUGCAUCAAUGUUAGACUUACGGAUGUGAGAUCUAUCGGUUGUUUCUACACUAGGACUAAUAAUUCAAUGUGGAGUAAGAUUGAUAGGGCUAUGGUGAACAAAGACUGGAAACUUGUGGGAUUUAAUAGUCUUGCUAAUUUUCUACCAUUGGGAUGCAUCUCCGAUCACUCACCGUGCAUAGUAUCACUUUUUGGACUUGAUGCUGGUAAGAUGAGGCCUUUUAAAUUUUUCAACAUGUGGACUAACCAUGAAAGUUUCCAUGAGAUAGUACAAAAUUGUUGGGAACUUGAUGUUAUGGGAAUAAGGCAAUUUAUUCUAUGCAAAAACUUGCAACGUCUUAAGGGGGAGCUCAAGAGGCUUAAUGAGAAACACUUUGGCCAUAUUUCCAAGAGGGUCGAAAUGGCAAAGUUGGCUUUGAAGGAGGCACAAUUAAAAUUGCAAGAUGAUCCUCAUAAUGUUGAACUUCAAAAUUCGAAGAGCAUUCUUUUGGCACUUAUUCGAGAUAUUUCGGAAAAAGAGAUCAAAGAUGCAUUAUUUCCUAUUGGAGAUGAUAAAUCUCCGGGUUCGGAUGGGUACUUAUCUUGCUUCUUCAAGAAAUCUUGGAGUAUUAUUGGAAGAGAUUUUAUGGGAACAAUCAAAAAGUUCUUUAACUCAAGCUCUCUUCUCAAGAAAAUGAAUCAUGCGAUCAUCGCUUUGAUCCCCAAGGCUAAUCACUCUACAUCCUUAUUGCUAAAAUCCUUACAUCUUGAUUGGGGCCUAUCCUUGGAUCAAUUGUGGAUCAAGCUCAAGGUGCAUUUGUGGAAGUUUAUUGGUUGGGUGAUGGAAUGUAUUUCUAUUCCUUCAUAUUCUAUUGCUCUCAAUGGAAGACUUUAUGGAUUUUUUAAAGACAAAAAGGGUCUUCGUCAAGAGGUUCAUGGGCAAGAGCUUGAGGAGAUAUUUGAAUUGACCAAUAUGUCCAAAGGAACUAUGCCAUUCCGGUAUUUGGGGAUUCCACUUGCCGCGAAGAAGUUGAAAAUUAGCUCGUAUGACUCGCUUCUCAACAAAAACACAGCUUACUUUUUUGGUUGGUCUAAGAUAUCAUUGUCCUAUAUGGGUGUCAAACACCCUCUAAAUGUUGGAAUUCAGCAUUACUCUCUAAAUUCAUUUGGUAUAUUCAUGGAAAGAAAGGCUUGCUAUGGAUCAAAUGGAAUGAUCAAAUUCACCUCCAUUGGUUGUCUAACAGGACAUGACACACCUCGCCCCGUGUAA